UCAGAUCCAUUUGAGAUGCAGGUGACAAUAGGCUGUGAGCUACACCCUGGGUGGGUGUCAGUAGGCUUCCUGCGGGGAGCUUAUCAAGGAUCAGAUUUCAUGAGCUUCCAGAACAAUUCAUGGCUGCCAUCUCCAAAGGGUGGAAGUAGUGCCCAGCUGGUUUGCAGAGCACUUAAUCAGUACCAAGUCUACAAGGAAAUAGUACAGACGCUUCUCAGUGACACCUGCCCACGUUUCAUCUUGGGUCUUCUUGAUGCAGGGAAGGCAGAUCUCCAGCGACAAGUGAGGCCUGAGGCCUGGCUGUCCAGUGGCCCCAGUCCUGGGCCUGGCCGUCUGCUGCUGGUGUGCCAUGUCUCAGGAUUCUACCCAAAGCCUGUGUGGGUGAUGUGGAUGCGGGGUGAGCAGGAGCAGCCAGGCACUCAGCGAG